AUGGGCUGCUCCAGCAGUCGCCCUGUCGACGACGAUGCCGCUGGCGACGGAAGCGUUCGCGACGCCGAGCGGCCGCUGGCCAUCACUCCGCGGUCCAAGCCAGCGCCACCAACACCUCUGCCCGACGCCUCACUCCCGACGGGUGAGAUGCAGCAGCGCGUGGUGGGAAUGGUGGCCGAGAUUCGGAAGACGGUUCCCCGGACAAGCUCUCGCGGCGACGAGCACAGUGCGGCGUCGGACGAGCGCGAUCAGCCAGAGCCGCAGUCGAGCUCGGCUCCGGCUCUGGAGACGCUCACCAAGGACGCAGCGCCAAAGGUGGACGCCGCGCUCCGCGAGAUCCUCGAGACGGAGCGCGCGUACUGCAUCGCCCUCCGGACGCUGGUCGACCGCUACAUGCGACCCCUACAGCCGCUCCUCGGCGAUGACGUGCCUGUCAUCUUUGGCAAGUGCGAGAUCAUCCUCGGCGUGAACGAGGCGCUGCUGCAGCAGCUGCAGGGCGCCCUUGCCACCACGAGCGACGCGUGCUUGUUGGAAUCGGUCGCGGCGGUUGCACGAGCAUUCCUCACCAUCGUGCCCUUCCUGCGCUC